GUUGCAGAGACUUUGACGUCCUCCGUUGCCGAAGAAGUGGACAACCACCAAAGAACUCUCAAAAAUGAGGUUCUUUGAAGUUCUUCGUUGCUCCAGAAUAUCAAAAUCAAGUUUAAAUGUUGCAGAAUUUAUGAAAAAUUUUCCAGCAGAGGUAGCACCGAAAGCUAAAGAGCUAGCGUUGAUUAACCAAGGAUUAUCCGGAGCGUUAACAAAUAAACAUGAUAGCAAGCCACCUGUGGAUUUUGAGUAUUACAAGACCAGAAUACCUGACAAAGCUUUUGUUGAAAAACUAGAGAAAUUCUACACCUCCACCACUGUGCCCUACCCAAGUGAUCCUGAAAACAAGAAGGCAAAUCUGGAGCAGGAGAAGAAGCAAGUUACAAAGAGUGGUGAAGAUAUGGUUGAGGAAAUGGACCUUGUCAUCUUUGAGAAUGAACUGAAAAUGAAGUCCAUUAACAGCUUACCUCCCAUGGAACACAUGUCUAAGGAGAUGCUGUGUUACUACUUCCCGGAGGCCACAAGAAAUGAUGAGAAAUCGGCCUUGUCUGAGGGGCGCCACAAGGGAAUCAGGUGGUUCCCAGGAUAUUCCCACGGCUUCGAUAGGUACCCAAAAUGGCAGCUCGGGAACCGAUUCAACAAUGAGUGGGAAUUCUUCCCUCCUAAAGAAAUAAGCCAGAGAUGGGAAAAUCUUAAUCUACAGUUUCAGAAAGAGGAACAAUUUCUGAUGGAAGACCCUAAAUAAUGUGUAGGGUUCAUAUAACUCAUACAGUGUUUACAUUCUCUGAUCUAAUGACUGACUAGAUGCCAGUAAUAACAGAUUAGUGCUGAAAACUGUUUGUCAUCUCUUUAGGUCACUAUUCUUGAUAAUAAAUUUUGUUUCAAAGUUUAA